CCUCAUUUAAUAAUCACCUUUGCACCAUUUUCACCAACAGACACUGCUGGUUUAAAUUCACAACACUGGUCAGCAGAGAGGUAUGCCUUGUUCCAAUUUGCAGACAAAGAUGGCUAGUAAGCUGUCAUGGGUUCUUGUUAUCUUCCUUGUCCUUAUUGCAGGAGAAUGCAAGCAGAGAGUAGAUGAAGGGUGUAACGCACAAGAUUUGAUGGGUCUAACCAGAUUCAAGGCUGGAAUCCAUGUAGACACCUCCGGUCGACUGGUAAAGUGGAUCGGCCACAAUUGUUGCCAGUGGGAAGGGGUGUCUUGCGACAACAAGACUGGGAGGGUGACAGAGAUCCGACUCCCAGGUUUCAUCUCCACAAAUGAUUUCAUUGUCCAGACCAAGAUGGUAGGGCGACUAUCUCCUUCCAUAACUCUUCUCACUUCUCUUCAAGUCAUCGACCUUGGUGGCCUCAUUGGUCUUGCUGGAACCAUCCCGCCAUUGAUCGGUUACCACCUCACCAGUCUCCGGAAACUCUAUCUCUACGGCAACAAUCUCAGCGGCCCUGUCCCAGAAAGCAUUGGUAAGCUCUCCAGACUUGAAGAACUUCACCUGCAUGAAAAUCAAUUAUCUGGGUCUAUCCCUGCAAGCAUUGGGAGGCUCCAGAAUCUCAACAGGCUACUUCUGUAUUCCAACAGGAUUUCAGGUCCCAUUCCCGAGUCUUUUGCAAACCUAAAGAACUUGUUGACCUUGGAUCUCCAUGGCAAUACUCUAUCAAGGAUGAUACCUGAGAAGAUAGGGGCAUUGCAACUUUUGCAAGAACUUGAUCUUUCAGACAACAGAUUAAGUGGGAAACUACCUUUUUCUUUAACAAACUUAACCUCCAUUUCAGUUAUGUACUUGGAUACGAACUUGCUCGAGGGGGAGAUUCCGUUCCCUUCAAGCUCUUCUCAAAUGCCAUCACUAGGCUUUCUCAGACUCCAUGAUAACCGUCUAAGUGGUAGAAUAGAGUCCACCAUAGGGAAUCUGGUUUCGCUCCAAAGAAUCUCGCUAGCGAAUAACAGGCUUGAGGGAUCUAUUCCUUCCACCUUGGGGAAUCUGUUGGAUUUGACAGAGCUCUAUCUUAAUGGCAACAGGUUAUCAGGACAGAUACCAAGGUCGAUUGGUCGACUCUCUCGGUUGAUGUUCUUGAGUCUGUCCAACAAUUUGAUUGAAGGGCUACUACCCCAUGAGUUGUCUUCCCUCCAGAACCUACAGGCGCUUGAUCUUUCCUUCAACCGUUUAAAUCUCUUAUCGGUUCCUCCGUGGCUGGGGCAAAUGCCCUCCCUUUGCCGGAUUUCAUUAGCAGGACUAGGAAUCCGAGGUGAAUUUCCAGAAUUCUUCCGAACAACUCCCGGUCAGAUACUUGAGAUAGACUUGUCAGUCAACCAUCUGACAGGAAGUAUUCCGGAGUGGCUUGGAGACCUGACUAGGCUCUACUCUCUGAACCUCUCGAGGAACUCAUUGAUUUCAACGAUCCCCGACACCAUCACAAACUUGCAGAAUUUGGGUGUUCUUGAUCUCCACUCAAAUAAGCUCACGGGGCCUGUUAAUGGGGUUUUCAAGAUCGGAAGCGGGUUCCCCCAAGGAUCACUGACGUACGUCGAUCUUUCUGACAACAAUUUCUCUGGAGCAAUUGAGCAAAUUGGAGUUGGGCUUCAAUGUAGAAUACAACACCUCAACUUGUCGCACAACUAUUUGACGGGCAGGCUUCCAGUGUCCAUAGGGAGAUUGAGCUCGAUGAACACAUUGGAUUUAAGCUAUAAUAAGUUGGGUUUCACGUUGCCAGAGUCUCUGGCCAAUGUAAGCCUCCUAGAAAAGUUGAAGCUUCAGAGAAACAGGUUUACAGGUGAGAUACCAAACGGGUUAGUGAAGCUGAAAGAGCUGAAAGAGUUGGAUUUGUCAGAUAAUCUUCUGGUGGGAAAAAUACCAAUUGGCAAACCUUUAAGCGAAUUUCCUAAAAGCUGUUACUCUGGAAACAGAGGUCUGUGUGGGAAGCCUCUUUCUCCAUGUAAAUCUUGAAGUCUGGAUAUUUUUCUUUAUGUUCUCAGCGUUAAAUUUACAAGCAAAUUUACGUUAAACUUUGUAGAAUGUUUCUUCUUUUGUUAAUGGAAAUCUGACAUUUUCAGUUCAGAAACAUAAAGAUGAA